ACGCGGAAGGAGGGUGUUUGUGCUCUUUGCCUGCUUGCCUUGCCUCACUAACAAGUCCAUGUCUACAAUGGCAUUAGAGCCUCUUUCUUCAGGGUUCCAGAGCGUACUGGAGACCAGGUUGUUUUUUCCUGUAGCCUGGACACCUGGUGAGCUGUAAGGAACCCUGUCAAGUCCGCUGACUGACACCAAGACCCAGCAGCUGUCAUGGACACGCCAGAGAGAAAAGGCUUCGUUGCCACAGUGGCUGAGUACCUCCUGGACAUGAGCACAGAGGACCUGCAGCUCCUGCUGACGGGAGACGAAGCCUGGAAACAGUUUGUGGCGGGACUUGAUUUGUCCAGGGAAGAGGAAGCUUCCCUUCGUGAAGCUCUUGGUGGGAUCAUUGUGGACACUGAUGUGGAAGAUGAAAAUGAGCUCCAAAAUGACCUGAAGGACAAGAAAAAGAGGGCAGAGGGAGAUGCCUUGAGUGAAGCCCUGGGUGAGAUGAUUGAGGAUGCUGGUGCAGAAGGCGAAGAGGAGCUCCAGAAUGCCCUGUGGCACAAGGAAAGGUUCCUGCGUGAUUACCCUGUGGUGAAGCUGGACCUGGAGGAGCGCAUCAGGAAGCUCCGUGCCCUGGCAGACAAGGUUGACAAGGUUCACAGGGACUGCACCAUCUCCCAGGUGGUGGCCAGCUCCACCGGUGCUGUGUCUGGAGUCCUGACAAUCCUUGGUCUGGCUCUGGCACCUGUGACAGCGGGAGUCAGCCUGGCACUUUCGGCCACGGGGAUAGGGCUGGGGGCGGCGGCAGCUGUGACUAGCGUCUCCACCAGCAUCGUGGAAAAGGUAAACAUGGCGUCCGCUGAAGCCGAAGCCAGCAACCUGGUGCCAACCAACAAAGACACAAAAAACGGCAUUAAAGAAGUUUUGGAUCUAAAAGCCCCAAGACUUGUUUCCGUAUCCAAGAAUUCCUUCAAGAACCUGCAAGCCAUCAAGAAGAACGUUGAUGCCAUUCGGCUGGCCAAAGCCAACCCUCGCCUGGUAACUAAUGCCAAGCGGCUCAUGACCACAGGCAAGAUAUCAGCCCGAAGCACUAAACAGGUGCAGAAAGCCUUUGGAGGCACCGCUCUGGCCAUGACCAAAGGAGCCCGGAUCAUGGGUGCAGCCACCGCAGGUCUCUUCCUCCUGAUGGAUGUGGUCAGCCUUGUGAAAGACUCAAAGCAUUUGCAUGAGGGCGCAAAGGCAGAGUCUGCUGCAGAGCUGCGGCAGCAGGCUCAGGACCUAGAGGGGAAGUUGCAGGAGCUCAACCGAAUCCUUGAAAGCCUGACUCAGUGAUCUCUCUCCCUCCUCAAUGCAGCUCAGAGGACAGGGCAGGGGGCUGUGCUGGACAGAGCCACAGCCAUGUGAGAGCCCCUGACUGUAUCCCCUUUCACAGUGGUGCCUGCUAGAGAGAGAGAGACCACAUAAGACACAGGAACCCAGAAAUCAUAUGACCUCCCACAGGACUCCAACUCUUAGAUCCAACAACCUCCCAGCAUCCCGGCCAAUCCCCCAAGCUGGGAAGGAAUCCAAGUCCUGACGAAGCCACAGCAUGGCUGCUCCCGAGCUGUAUCCACCACACAGCUCUGAGCUGAGGCUCACCAUCCCUGAUGUCCACCGAGCUGCCAGUCUUCCUGCUGACUUUUGAUUGGUGGCAUAGUGACCUUCUCCUCCUCCUACCUCUGCCUAAGGUGUAUUUUUCUAUUUCUAAACCCUACUAUCAGACUCCAGUGAAGAACAUCAUUCCCUUUUCUGAGUCACAUGGGUACUUUCAGUGAAAUGCUCAAAGUCUAGAAAAGAGAGGAUGCUGGGAACACCAGCUGCCUAGGCAUCUCACGUUCUUGGUCCUACAUGCUAGCCAUGGGUGCUGACAGAAAGAGAGGUGACAGGAUAUGGCUGCUGAGUUCUGCUCUCUGCUACCGGAUUCUUGGAAAAACCACAAUGUUUAAUUCCUAGUGAUGUUUAAAAUAUGAUAUACCUGGAUGAGAUCUUAUGAGAUGAACAUGAAGGGCUGCACUUGAUCCAUAAUUUUUGAAAAAUGAAUUUGUGACCACUGACCUGGUCACGAUUUCUGUGUUUUCUACAAAUGAUAUCAUGUGUCUUCUGGAUGUUGACUAUAGAAGGUUGAUAAUUCCCUCCUGAUCUCAGCGUCUCCUCUUUUAAAAGCUGUUUUCUUUAUUGUGAUUUUACAAGAGUAUUUACAAAUUGA